GAUGGCGGUGUCAGGAAAACAGUUGAAUUUGACUGAACAACCAAUUGGAAAAAGCGCGCAAAACUAUGCAAUUUUCAAAUUUGUUUAAACAAUCAAAGUAUCGGUAUCUUUAUCAUUAUCAUCAUGGUUACAUGUGGUGUAGCGUAUUCAAUGAAAGUAACGGGAUCUACACACCGGUAGUGAUUACCGGGAGAUAAUAUUGAUCGUUUUGAACGCAUGCGCCUCUUUUAUUUUCUCCUAUUGCACACCUACGCAGGUAGGUUACAACCUCGGAUCUGUACGUACGUGCAUCAUGUUCUUGUACUAGUUUCUAUGCUUUGUAUGCGCUCUGUAUUCGCAUACACGGAAAAGUUACAUACACGUUGUGCAUAGGUAAAAACUCCUACGUCAAACGCACCAACCGCAGCUGCAGCCUUAGGGGCAAGAGGGUGUAUUGCAGCAGAGAUACAAUAACCACAUGCAAUUGGAACAGAAUAAGAAGCAGAAGUUGCGCCAAUAUACUGUAACAAUAAUUAAUACAACGCUGUUGAAACGCCGCACGGUGUAUUACGCUAUAAUACCUAAUACCUCGGUUUCGCGAUAAUAUUGUAAUAUGUUUCAUCAUUAGUUCUCUGCCAACAAAAGCAGCAGCAGCAGCAGCAGCAGCAGCAGCAGCAGUAGCAGCAGCAAGUAAGAUUAGCAUAUUGAUAAAAUGUCGCCGUUGCAGUGCCUGAGAUUGAUUAUUAUACAACAUUCUGAGGACUAGUUUGAUCUGGAUAUCGAUUAUACAAAAGAGAGAAAAAAGCGAAAUUGGAUUGAGUGUCUGCACGAGGAACUGCAUUACGCUCGAUUAAUUAUACUGCACAUGAGGAAAAAAAAUGGUGGACGUUGCUGCGGCGAUGCCUACCGCGGCAGGAAAUGGCAGCGGAUCUUUGAUGGGUCGUACACGAGGUGCUCUGAGGUCAAUGAGGUCAGUUUUGGGAGGCGGUGGGGAAUAUCUGCAAGGUUUGGGAAGCAGAUUGGGAUCUGCUUUGAGCAGUAGCCUGGAUGAGAGCGAAUUAACGACGACUCCGUCUUCCCCUUCUUCGCCACCUCGACUUCAGGAGUCUUCGCCGUCUAUGAAACAGGAAAUAGAGGAAGUAGUAAGGAGGAGGAAAUUGAGGCUUCCGAGAUUCGGUUCCGGUAUGUCUUACGAAGACUACGAGGCAAUGGCAAGGCAUAAACUGGAGCGUCAAUGUAGCGCAAAUUCAUCAAGGUCUUUGAAACGAUACCCUCCCGGUAUGACGUACGAGGAAAUAACCUCGUCGAGAAAAUCGCUAUCCAAUCCUAUUGUAAGAACAACCGAAUUUAAAAACACUAAAAUAAUUAGGGGAGAAGAUGAGAUGAUCGAUAACGCGCAGGAAUUGAGUCCUCCGGAAAGUCUCUUAGGACCUUUACAGGAAAAGGAUAUAAAAGCCACGGGUGUCGAUCCCUACGAAAAAUUCAAUUACAAAAUAGCAAGGCCCACUUUUCGGGAUAUUUUCCUGCAGUUAGAUAUUCCAUGCAGCAGCGGAUCGACGAGUGAUCAAGACGGGUACGGACCAAGCACCAGUCUAGAUUCCAACAUGGACGGUCGUAGAACUUGGCACAGAUCUGGUUCUUCCGGUUCGUUCCAAUCUUGGGCGUCGAGUUUGUCCGCCGACAGUCAAUCGGAAGAAGCAGCCGCCGAUUUUAUGAAAAGUUUCGUCCCGAUGUUAUUCGAAUCCCCAGACGCUGUUGACCAAGAGCAAAAAGCGAAAUUUGGGCAAAUGGUGCUGACGGAAACGGGCAGAGUUUGGUUUUCGAGGGUAGUGAACGCGAGAAGAGCGAGAGCUUGCGUUACCGAAGGCUCCUUCUACUCAUUGGCACAACAUUUCGCUGUUGCAUUAUUCGAAUGUCACGAAGCCGACGAUUUUGCACCGGCCAAAAGCCUGAUGAAUAUGUGCUUUACUUUUUACCACGAAGUCGAAGUUCCAGGCCUCGAACCUUAUCGCGAGUAUCUUUAUACUCAUCUCAGAGUACAGCCGAUAUGGACGUCGAUGAGAUUCUGGACAGCGGCUUUUUUCGACGCUGUUCAAUGCGAAAGAGCGACACGUCCGGUACCCCCGAGAUCAAAAUCGCUAGACGGUGAAGCCAUAGCGGCCGACGACAGGAAAUUUCAAGCAAACAUAGUCUUUGGUCAAUUAGGAACCUUCACUUGCAAUAUGCACGCGUUCGGAUUAUCGAGAACUCUGUGCUUGGAGUUUUUGAGAAAGCAAUGCGCGAUCGCUAAUUUAUCACCUGAGCAAGAAAAAAUGCUAAGAGACAACAUCGAGAGAAUGUACGACGAGACGGAACCGUGGCGAUAAUUGUGAUGAUAAUCAUAGAGAGCAGCGUCACGAGCGACCGAAUUAAUUUUCAUAAAUUAGUUUCGUCAUUUAAAAAUUUGAAUCUCCCGAAGGGAAGAAAUUGAAACCUGUAUCACGUCCAACUCGGACGUGUUUAAAUACAAAAAUAAUGAGAAAUUCGCGUAACAUUU